UGGAAGACGACAAUGGACGAAGCUGUUUCUUCUGAGCCGUUUCUUCUGAGAGAGGAGGAGCUAGUCCCCGGUAAAACGACAUGGCAAAGAGGCCAGCUCAUCGUCGAGCUGAAGAAAUUAAGCCUCUUAGCCGCUCCUAUGGCCAUCGUGACCUUUUCUGAAUACCUUUUGCCUGUCAUCUCAGUCAUGGUCGCCGGCCACUACAGCGAGCUUCAGCUCUCCGGCGUCGCUCUUGCCACCUCCUUCACGAAUGUCUCCGGUUUCAGUAUUCUGUAUGGUUUAGUGGGUGCUUUGGAAACUCUUUGUGGCCAAGCUUUUGGAGCCAAACGAUUCGAACUAGUUGGAACCUACACAUACUCUGCAAUCGCUUCCAACAUCCCAAUUUGUUUCCUCAUAUCAAUUCUCUGGUUUUACAUCGAAAAGCUUUUGGUCUCUAUCGGACAAGACCCUGACAUCUCCAGAGUAGCUGGCUCCUAUGCCUUUUGGCUCAUACCGGGUUUAUUUGGCCAAGCUAUUGUCAUACCACUCACUAGGUAUCUUCAGACACAAGGGCUGGUUAUCCCUCUGCUCUACACUGCCGUAGCCACCCUUUUGUUCCAUAUCCCAGUUUGCUGGACUAUGGUUUCUGUGUUUGGUCUGGGAAGCAAUGGAGCUGCUAUGGCUAUUAGUGUGUCUUUCUGGUUUUAUGCUUUCAUACUUGCAUUCUACGUUAGAUUCUCCACCUCUUGUGAAAAGACUCGUGGCUUAGUAUCUGAAGAUUUUGUUUCUUGCGUCAAACAAUUCUUCCAAUACGGAAUUCCAUCAGCAGCAAUGGUUUGCCUAGAAUGGUGGCUAUUUGAGCUACUCGUACUCUCCUCAGGUCUUCUCCCUAAUCCAAAACUUGAGACCUCUGUUCUUUCGAUAUGUUUUACAACAGCAGCUUUGCACUAUGUAAUUCCAAGUGGAGUGGCCGCGGGUGUGAGCACACGUGUGUCUAACAAUUUGGGAGCUGGGUAUCAUCAAGUUGCUAAGCUAUCAGUAUUGUCAGGGCUUUCUCUCUGGAUUGUAGAGUCGAUUUUCUUCGCCACACUUCUCUUCACCUGCAAGAAUAUCGUAGGCUACGCGUUUAGCAACAGCAAAGAAGUUGUGGACUAUGUGGCUGAACUAUCUCCUUUGCUCUGUCUUUCUUUCAUCCUUGACGGAUUUACGGCAGUUCUCAACGGUGUUGCUAGUGGAAGUGGUUGGCAACAUAUUGGAGCUUGGAACAAUGUGGUGUCUUAUUAUCUCAUAGGAGCUCCGGUUGGAGUUUACUUAGCUUUCUAUCGUCAUUUUAACGGAAAAGGAUUGUGGUGCGGUGUUGUGGUUGGAUCCACUGCUCAAGCCAUUAUACUUUCUAUCAUUAUAAGCUCCAUGAACUGGAAGGAACAGGCAGAGAAAGCCAGGAAGAGAAUAGCCUCAACUGAGAAGGGAUUGGAAUAAACGAAGGGUGUUUCUUUUUUCUUUUUUCUUUUUUUUGCUCAAUUUCAACUUUUCAUUAACCAAAUGAUUCUAAUACAAUCAAAUUGUGACCCCAAUGUCUCAAAAGAGACUUAACCACAAUGUGACAUAAGGAUGAGGAUACAGUACCACCUAGAAACACUCAUUUGGUUCCUACGUUACCAUAUCAUCUCAUCCAGACACUUUAACCACAUAAUUAAACCACAUAGUUACAGAAGACAAGACAUAACCAGUUCAAAAGAGAACAAAUACGAGACAUCAGUUGGAAGCAAGCAGUAAUCUCCUUAUGAUUGGAGUGAUAUACGUGGAUCAACUGCCACAACACUCAAAGUGCUUAUUGCUCGGACGCCUCCUUCUUACCGGGGUCGAAGUCUCCGAACCUUACACCAAGAAACGCAACAUAAGGCCGUAUAUACAAGGUUUCAUCUAACCCAAGCCUUCCCAGAUAUUGCAAUUCUUCACCUCGCUAUGGUCUCCUAGGAUCAGAGUUCUGUGCGUGUCCCUUUAACGACUUCACUCAAGGGCGCUUCACCAGAAGAAGCUUUAGGCCAUUGAUGUUCCCUUGCUACAACCUCUGCCGCUAGCGGACUUAAGGUCCGAAUGG